AUGGCCGACACAAAUGGAACCGACCGCAUGUCGGAAAGCAAUAGCAGUGAUCACUUGGUACAAUCCGAAGACCCAAACCAUCCAGCAAACCUAAUUCCAGACCUAUGCAAAAGAUUCUUCUACAAUGGCUGGUGCACAGGUACUGGUGGUGGGACAAGUAUCAAGCAGGGCAACCAUAUUUUCAUCGCACCCUCCGGAGUACAAAAAGAGAUGAUGAAGAGCGAGAAUAUUUUUGUUAUGGAAUAUCCUACACCUAAGUACCCCCCAUCAGACCGCAAGUACAUUCGCAAACCUCCGGAUUUGAAGCCGUCAGCAUGUACACCGCUCUUUCUCGCUGCUUUCGAACGAGGAGCCGGAUGCUGUAUUCAUAGCCACUCUCAAUGGUGUGUGUUAGUCACUUUGCUAGUUGAAAAAUUGUAUGGGAUAGAGGCCUGUUUCGAAAUCAGCCACAUUGAGCAGAUCAAGGGUAUUCCAAAAGGUCCUGGUAAGGGUAUGCUCAACUACCACGAUACUAUGCAGAUUCCAAUCAUCGAAAACACCGCUUUCGAGGAAGAUCUCACAGGUGCUCUCGAGGAGGCGAUAGAGAAGUAUCCGGAUACUUGUGCUGUUCUUGUCAGAAGACAUGGUAUCUAUGUCUGGGGUGACACUGUCGCGAAAGCCAAGACACAGUGUGAGAGUCUUGACUACCUGUUCCAGCUAGCAGUAGAAAUGCAUAAGCUUGGUCUGCCAUGGGUCAAGGAGUGA